AUGCCUCGCAAAGCCGCAGCAUCAGUUACUGAAUCGGGAACAGAGCCUCGUCGCUCGAGCCGUAUCAAGGAGCAGCCAAAGGCCGAACCGCCCAAGAAGGCCCCAGCGAAACCUAGAGCGAAGAAAGCCGACAAGGAGGGUACGGAUAAGGAAGAAAAACCCAAAUCCACCAAGGGGACCAAGCGCAAAGCCGUUGAAGAGCCAAAUGGCGCGGACGGAGACGAGGAGGCGCCUGCGGCUAAGAAGGCUAAGCCUGCCUCUAAGGCCAAACCCGCCGCUAAACCUGCUUCCAAAGCAGCUACCAAGCCCGCCUCUAAGGCGUCUGCUAAGCCCGCGUCCAAGGCAUCUGUUCAGCCCGCGUCCAAGGUUGCCUCGAAGCCUGCAUCCCGCGCUGCUUCAGCCAAACCUGUGUCGCGUGCGGGAUCGAAGAAGCCUGCGUCCAAGGCUGAGGCGCAACCACCCGCUGCAGCUGGCGCCGCUAAGGUUGAUGAAACUAUUGCCGAAGAACCUGAAGCUGAGGCUGCUGCCGCCGUUGAGUACACAGUUAGGGUGACUGGCAUGGAUACCAACGCGAUGUACCAUCUGGAAUCUGUCUCCUCUGUCUUGGUGUAA